AGUACAUUGCGCAGACGUUCGUAAUUGAUAGUUUUUGACGUCACUGCAGACUUAUCACAUGUUCAGUUAUAAUCAAAUCUUUUUAGUGACGUCAUGUAUUGAUGACGUCUUGUAUUUUAUCUUCUUACUAGUAAAUUUUAUAGCUUGAAUUUACAAUAUUCAUUCUUACUAAAUAAUAAUUUUUGAAAUAAACGUUUCGCUAUAUAAUGUAUUUUUUGUAGUCGUAAAAAAGUGUGCUAAAUUGUUAUAUUUUUUUCGAACAAAGAGAGUAAAAUUAUUGGUUGAAAAAGCAAUUUCAGUGUGUUUAAAGUGACAAGUUCAGGAGAUAAGCACUUGAAAUAGUACAAUACUCAAGAUUUUGUGGAAUAAGUGUUUUUUUGAAAUAUCAACUUUUCACUUUUAUAUCUUGAGAGGAACGUUCUUCACACUUCAGCGUGUGGCGAACCAGACGCUUACCGUUUCGCCACAACCGGCAGUAACGGUGGAGGGGCCGGUGUCUAAAAUGUCUCCACCGACGAACGAUGUUACGAAUGGGGUGAUAGCGCCUCCAAGUAAUCUUACACCCCGGGUUCCAUCGACAACGAAUCCGGCUUUAACAUCCAUCAAUCCUCCCACCCACAAGCGCUCCUCCACUGAUUUUAUCUUUGGCAAAGUGAUAGGCGAAGGCAGCUUUUCUACCGUCUAUAUUGCCAAAGAUAUUCACACCAAUAAGGAAUAUGCAAUCAAGGUGUGCGAGAAACGACACAUAAUCAAGGAGAAAAAGACAGAAUAUGUGAAACGUGAGAAAGAGGUGCUCAAUAUGUUGGUUGGCGCAAAGCAUUCGUUCGUUCGAUUAUUUUGCACUUUUCAAGAUCCUGAGAGAUUAUAUUUUGUCUUGUCCUACGCAAAGAACAGUGAACUCCUACCAUACAUCACCAAAGUUGGCUCCUUUGAUAUUGAAUGCACGAAAUUUUAUUCGGCCGAAAUUCUUCGGGGUCUGGAAUAUCUUCACGGUUUAGGAAUCAUUCAUCGUGACUUGAAACCAGAAAAUAUUCUCCUCGAUGAAAAAAUGCAUGUACUAAUCACUGAUUUUGGUAGUGCAAAAAUUCUCAAAGACGAUCCUGAACGAUCGUCAGGAACUGUUGAUGACGAGCAGCAGCAGCAGCAGCAGCAACAACAACAACAAAGGAGACAGAGACGAAAUUCAUUUGUCGGCACUGCACAGUACGUUUCACCUGAACUUCUAACCGAUAAGGUUGCAUCUAGAGCAUCCGAUCUUUGGGCCCUUGGCUGUAUUAUUUAUCAAAUGGUGGCUGGACUACCGCCAUUCCGCUCGAGGAGUGAGUAUUUAAUUUUCCAACAGAUAUUAAAACUCGAGUAUGAAAUACCCGAUGGCUUCUCCGAAUUGGCGAAAUCAUUGGUUGGACAACUUUUGGUACUCGAUCAAUCGCAAAGGUUGGGCGCUCAAGAUGAACACGGAUCUGGCUAUCCAAGUAUCAGAGCUCAUCCAUUAUUCGAUGGUAUUGAUUUUGAGACACUUCACGAGCAGACACCGCCGCCAAUCUAUCCUUAUUUGCCCGGCACUUCGGAGAAUGAGGAAUUACGAUCGCAAUAUCGAGUGCCAGAUCAUUUGGAACCUGGUCUCGAUGAUAAGCAACUGACACGACUAUUGGGCUUGGGAAUAAGUGACGAGAGGAAAUCGCAGGAGAAAUCGGAACCAGUGGCAAUUGUCGAGGAGCCAAAGAGAAAGAAGAGUGUCAUCUCCGAUUUAUCGGAGGAGGAAAUGAAGAAACUUUUGGAUAAACAACGAGCAUCGAAUCCAUGGCAUAAAUUUGUCGAUGAGAAUCUCAUCUUGAAACAGGGUUUCGUGAAUAAACGGAAAGGUUUGUUUGCUAGGAGAAGAAUGCUUCUGUUGACAACUGGACCGCAUUUAUUUUAUGUCGAUCCAGUGAAUAUGGUGCUUAAGGGAGAGAUACCCUGGAGUCCUGAAUUGAGGGUCGAACCGAAAAAUUUCAAAAUAUUCUUCGUUCACACACCAUGUCGAACGUAUUAUCUAGAGGAUUCCGAAGGUUUCGCUCUACAAUGGUGUGACGCCAUCGAAGAAGUCAGAGUUCAUAGUUACUCACGAGAAAAUUUACUCUAAA